CGCAUUUGUUUACAACUCAGUGCGUCUUCGUCGCUUUCCUCGGCACGUCCACGUCCACUCGUCCGACUCGCUCCGAGUUCGAGACCGGGAAACCGUCACCCGUUGUCGCGUCCGUGCGUCGCGUCGCCGUCCGAUUUUCGCGCAGAUAGAGCCAACGACUUCCGCAAAACAUCCUCAGGUUUUUUCGGCCGGAAUCGCAAUUAGCUCGGAUUCGAACCCGCGUCGACCGAAACACGAGGGCUUUUCCAUUCGUUACAUUCCUGUCGUCAGUUUCGUCGAGAGACUGUCCUUAGUUGGUCGAGUGUCUCCACGUGGUUCGUAGUCGGUAGUUGAGAGACUCGAAGAUUUUAGAUCUGGUGCGAAUCGUCCGAAAAGUCGUUGUGCGGGUUGCCGACUGUCUGUGUUCGGACCUCGAGUUUUGUGUCGGAUCGUAUUGUUUUCUCCAGCACUGAUUUUGCGUUUUAACCACCUGUGCGAUGUGUGUUAUCUCCCCUGUUGAUUAGACGUUGUUUUCGUGAGGUUGAUGUGGAUUUUGGAGCCGGAAAAUCGUGGGUCCCUGCUGUUCCGAGAUUUCCAAAGAUAAUUGUCUUUGAAGAAGAGCUCAGUAUCACGCUGCAAAUCAUGUUCAACCGUCAUUCAAGCGGUUCUGAUCACCAGCACCCUUAUAACUUUUUCAAUGGGAAACGAGUAACUUAAUGCGGCCGUUUCCGAGGGUCCGUCAAAUCGGUGUCUAGGGACGGUGACCUUGGAACUACUCCAGCCCCAAGUCAGACCCGUGGCGUCUCCACAACCCCCAACCGCCCCCAAUUCACCCCCAUCCCUUCAUCAUGGAGAACGCGCGCCUCAACGGAGACCAGUCGGACAGCCCAGCGGAAAAUGAUGAAGACUGGGAGCCAGAUGGCGUUGGUGGCGUCGGUGAUGGAGGUGGCGGGGGCAAGUCAGCCCAUAGACUCUGGGCCAAGGCGGUGGAGAAAAUCACGGCGCAAAAAAAUUCAGCUCUCUUGACCUUACCAUCCCUCUCCAACAUUCACGCACCCACUAUUAUACCAGCCGCGCACCCCAACUACCCCGAAGUCCGUAUUACCACGCAUGACUCUCCAUCUAGAGAACAGAGCCCUGUAAGAGCAACGCUAGCUACUUUUGACGAUGAUCAGUUGGAUAAUAAUUCACACACGGAAACAACGUUGAACGAUUUCACUCUCGAUUCUGAAAUCAGACAAGACGGAGAACGGGUAGCCCAGCUUGGCGCGGGCGGCGGGUCCAUAUUCAAGCGGGGCGCCAUGUACAAGGGCAUCUACUGCCCCUCCCUCACCAACAGCUUCAGGGAGAAACAUUUGGAGCUCUCGUAUCAGCGUUACUCCCAUCGGCAACGUCAAAAAUCCCUCAUCAUCGUCAACGCCGUGGACAUCGUCUUGAAAUUCGUUCUCGCAGCUCUGUGGAUGGCAAACCACCGGGAGAAGGUUGAGCCGGCGCGCGUAAUUUUGACCACAGUAUACACGGCCGGUAAUUUCACCCUGGCCGUUCUCAGUGGCUGGCGCUGUUUCGCCAACAAUUACCUCCAGUGGGCUGCUAUACUAACGUGGAUUCUUUUGAACGUUCAAGGUUUUGUAGCGGAGAGCAUUGGUUUGUGCACUCGCGAGUUCUUACUUUGGUACGUGCUCUUCAUUAUCUUCGUGACGUAUGCAAUGCUGCCUCUCCCUCUUCGCUGGUGCGUUAUCGGAGCCUGCUCUACGGCUACUUUGGAUGUUUUUCUCACCAGUUUCGUUAAGUUUCGUAAAGAGCCGGAUGCAGGGUGCGCUGUGAGUCAGAUUCUAACAAUGGUGCUGAUUUAUACGGGAAUCAAUUCAGCGUGUAUGUACACAAAGUACUUAACCGAUCGAGGGCAACGAAGGGCUUUUCUCGAGACGCACAGGUCCACUGAGACCAGGUACCGCACCCAGAAGGAAAACGAUCAGCAAGAAAAGCUCCUUCUCUCAGUGUUGCCUGAUUUUGUAGCGAAAGAGAUGAUCCGAGAUAUUGCUAGUGAAGCCGAUAAAGGCUCAUUCACUCCUCAGCAGUUUCACCGAAUAUACAUUCAUUGUUAUGAGAAUGUAAGCAUACUUUUCGCCGAUAUUAAAGGCUUCACAGCAUGGGCAAGUCAAUGCACAGCUCAAGAGUUGGUUCAAGUCUUAAACGAUCUUUUUGCGAAAUUCGAUAAACUUGCUACGGAAAACCAUUGUCUAAGGAUCAAACUCCUAGGUGAUUGUUAUUACUGUGUAUCAGGACUUCCCAUCGCCCGAUCAGACCAUGCCUGCUGCUGUGUAGAAAUGGGACUUCACAUGAUCACUGCAAUCCAAGAUGUCCGGAAGAAACUUAACGUUGACCUAGAUAUGCGAAUUGGAAUCCAUUCAGGCUCUGUACUUUGCGGUGUUUUAGGAUUAAGGAAAUGGCAGUUUGAUGUUUGGUCUUAUGAUGUCACAUUAGCAAACCAUCUAGAAUCUGGUGGAAUUCCUGGGCGAGUGCAUAUUUCUAAAGCAACGCUUGACUGCCUGAAAGAUGCAUAUGAAGUAGAACCUGGCCACGGAGAUACAAGGGAUCCUUAUCUGAAGGAACAUGGGAUUGAAACCUUUCUCAUUAAACGGGCAGAACCAAGUCGGCCUCGAAGGCGAAUUCAGCAUAACCCAUCUCGUACAAGAUUGUGGUCGGAGGAGAAAACUGCAGUUGUUUGCUUCACCGAUAAACUGGACGACAAAAACAUAUCCAGCAAUGGGCAUCACAUGUUAAGUUUUAUUGACGAAGAUGUCAACUUUAAAUGGAAACCUGAAAUUCCAUUUGAAAACGACUGGUCUUUGAAUAUGUCAAUUUUCCUUGCUCAGCUGAGUUCGAGCGGCCAAGAGGUGGACGAUGAAAUGGAUGAGGUAGACAUAGAAGCAGAGCUCUCCACCGGCAUUACAGGGCGCAUGAAGAGUGACCAUCGAGAUCACCACAAGCAACAUCUCACAACUGCAGAGCAAGUGGACCUGUUGAUGGACCAUUGCAUUGAAGUAGAGUCCAAUGAAAGGAUGCGCCAAGAGAAUAUUAAUCGAUGGACAUUAUGUUUUAAAAACCCGGAAAUGGAAGCUAAGUAUUGUCAGCUACCGGAAGAUAUGUUCAAAUCUAAUAUGGUAUGCUGCUUCACUGUUUGGUUGUUCGUUGUUGCCUGUCAAAUAGUUAUACUACCAAGAUCUUUCAUUCUCACCUUAACACACAUUCUCACAACUAUUCUAUUGAGUGGAGCAUUAAUUCUUGUCAUGGCAGAGGAGUUUCCAGCAUUUCCAGAGGCACUUCAGAAAAUGUCCUCAAUGCUAGUUCAAAACCGGUCUCGGAGGACAGUUUUCAUUUGUUUCAUCAUUGCUCUCAUGUGUUUCGCAUCUUCAUUAAGUCUGAUCAUCAACCCUGGUGACCAUGUCAACCAUAAGAUGGCUGAGUGGAAUAGGUCCUAUCAGUUUGGGGAUACACCAAGUUUCAAAAAAGAAAACCUACCAAAAUUUUUGAGACCAAGCGCAGAUCUUUCAAAUGAGAUCUUCUCAGCUCAGAACAUGCCCUCGUACACAAUACAUUCGCUGUUACCUGAUAUAAGGAGGAUAUCAAAGCGAAAUACUCAAGAUACCAGAAUCGAUUUGGAUGUUUUAUCCAAAAGCGACUCAUUUUUACCCAGUUUUAGUGAAGUUCCUAGUCUUAACAAAAGUGAUAUUAAUGAAAUAGUUAGUUUUAAUUCUACUUCUAAGUCCUUGCCACCAAGUGGAAAUUCAAGUAUUUUUAGGAAAUUUUUUAAUUUAGUCACUGAUAAUUCCUACAUAAAUUCUUUUUAUUCACUGUCAAAGCACAAGGAUGAUUCCUCUCCUGUGCCAACCAAAAACCUCUCAGCAAUGCAUUCUUCACAAGUUGGCACUUCUGAAGAAUUAAUGCAUAUUCCAUUAAAUAGUGUUUCAAAUGUAAAUAUACCUGGCAGUGCCCCUCUUGGAGACGUCAUGCCUGAUAGGAUUGUUGAACCUUAUGUCUCUCGUGUGCCUUUGUAUAAAUCCUCAUCACAAACAAAUGUUACAAAACUGACUGUUAAUGCAGAAACCAAAAGUUUUAAUAAUUCUAGACUAGGAUUUGUAAAUACCACAAAUGAUUUUGACAAUAAUCUCAUUUUGUACUACGCUAAUAGUCUACUACGCUUAAAACGAGCAGUAAACCCAAUAGCUUCUUCAAAGUCACACAACGUGACACUUAGGCUAGAUGAAAGUGCAGGAAACUGUAUUCAUCCCGAGUAUUUAGUCUUCAUUUGGGUGCUGUGUCUUGUUGCGCUAGCCACAAUGCUGAAACUAUAUUUUCUGGUCAAAACUCUCCUCGCUUUCGCAAUGGUCCUUGUGUAUUCAGCUCUGAUAGUGGCUCAUCCUCAGGUGUUUUGGAACAGUUACAUCGAUGACAAAUCAACGAUGCCGAUGGCAACGCAAAUGCUAUUACUCCUUGCUGUGUUCCUUGUUCUGGUAGCGUACCAUGCACGGCUUGUUGAGGUCACAUCUCGGCUAGACUUCCUCUGGAAGCGUGAUGCAGAGCGUGAAUGUAUGGAAAUGCAUGAAACUCGUCGAUACAACCGUCAACUGCUGCGUAAUAUCCUUCCAGAUCAUGUUGCCAACCACUUUCUAACUCAAGAUCGACAAACUGAGGAAUUAUACUCUCAGUCUAGAGAUGCAGUAGGAGUCAUGUUUGCUAGUAUACCAAAUUUUACCGAGUUUUAUUCAGAAGAUAUCAAUAAAGGCAUGGAAUGCAUAAGACUCUUGAAUGAGAUCAUUGUUGAUUUUGAUGAAUUACUGUCGGAGCCAAGAUUUAGCUGCAUAGAAAAAAUCAAAACUGUCGGUGCAAGUUACAUGGCUGUGUCUGGCUUGGACCCAGUAAGUAAACCUGGGGAAGACAAGUAUCAGCAUAUUUGUGCUCUUGUCGAUUUUGCAAUAGCCAUGCGUCAAUCAUUGCAACUUGUCAACAAACAUUCAUUCAAUAACUUCCACAUUCGUGUUGGCAUAAGCAGCGGUGCACUGGUCGGCGGAGUAAUAGGAGCCAGGAAACCAGUUUAUGAUGUCUGGGGUAAUACUGUGAAUGAAGCAUCUCGAAUGGACUCUACUGGGACAAUGGGAAGGAUUCAAGUCCCCAAAAACACGGCAGAGAUUCUAUCAGCUCGUGGGUAUCAGGUGGAACCUCGAGGCAUAGUUGCUGUCAAAGGCAAAGGUAAUAUGGAAACUUAUUAUGUUACUGGUCGCGAUACUCAACAAGGUACAUGUUCCCGACAACCAAGUCAGCAUGCCAGCCUUGCAGCAGUUGUUUAUGGGAUGGUUCAGGCACGCAGGAGGCAGAAUACUGUUAAACGACCCCAGGGAAACAGUAGUGGUCUGGUCCGAACGAAAUCUCAGCACCAAAGCUCUGGCCGCUCAAAAGAGUCAGAGGUAAAACUCCAACGGAGCUCGUCAAGACUGAUGAACUUUUCCAGCUUCCGGAUGACAAAUCGUUCCUCACCAAACCCACUGCGCCGCAACACCACAAAAGCACGCAAUCAGUUAUCCUCAAAGCCAGAAGAAACGAAUUCAGCGAAUGACAAUAUAGCACGAUCGUACACCAAUAUUCGGCAACUAGCUGUAGACCCCAAUGGGGAUCUCUCCCAAUCUUUAUUCGGGAGUAUCCAAUUAGUGCAGCGAUCUGCACCUCAGACCCCAUUGAUCAAUGAUAAUGCACAACGAUCAAAUAACCUCCAAAUGCCUUCUGUAUCUAGGUCAGUUUCUCCUGCCGAGCAGGUUGCUAGUGAUUAUAUUGUGCCACCGCAUGACCGAAACUGUAGAUCAACCUCUCCACAAAUCAUGAAUAUGAGCAAGUCACCACCGACAGUAGCAAAUGUAAGGUCUGUGUCAAUGAACUUCCAUAACUCAAGUAGCAAUUAUGAAGAAGUGGCCAAUCUACUCAGAUGAUUGUCCUGAGGCAAGUGAUCUACUUUGUUUCUCUUGUAGUUUUCUUAAGGUGAUUCGUCAAGCUCAAGUGACGUGGUCGAACUGGCAUGCGAUAUAUCGCAUUGAUUAGGUAAAAAAUCUCAAUAAUCUUAUAAAAAAUAAAAAAUCUUAGGUAAAGAUUUUGAAUUUUUAACAAAAAAAAAGGACGAUAGCCCCUGCGUAUGAGCCUAAAGAAUCAUUAUAAACCCAAAAAUUGGCAAAAUUCAGAGAAAUGAAGGCAGAAUAGUGUUUAGAAAAAACCUCGUAUUCGAAUCAGCCAUCGAUUUCCUUAUCGAAUGGGAGGUUUUUUUCCUAACAUUAUUCUGCUUUCAUUUCUCUGAAUUUUGCCCUUUUUUAGGUUUAAAAUGAUUCUUUAGGCUCAUGCGCAGGGGCGAUCGCCCUUUCUUUUGCUAAAAAUUCAAAAUCCUCCGAGAUUGUUUACCUAAUUGAUGCGAUAUAUUGCAUGCCAGUUCGACCACGUCACUUGAGCUUGAAGAAUCACCUUAAGUCGCCUAGGCUCUCCAUGAAUACUAUCUAUUAUCUGAUUUUAUAAUCAAGUCAACCAGCCCUCAAUGAUGAUUAAAAAUAUGAAUAGGUAUUUCAUGUAACUCCGCCGAUUACCUCCUAUUUUGACAGGUCAAAGUUAAGUAGAUGUUUGGCUAGUGCUCAGUUCUUUUCAUUCGAGAGCUAAACAUGAAUUUUAUUUUAAUUCAGUCAGUGUUUUAUAUCUGGUUUAAGUUGUGAAAAUGGGCCCUAAAAAACUGUUGUUGUGAUUUGGGUUCCUUCAGAGGUAACAAUCAUUGAUGCAGGUCUAUCAUAUCGUUUGAACCCAUUGGUUACCAUUUUUACCAUUGGAACAAAAUCAAUGGAUUUAAUGACAACCAUUUCUUCGAAAAGCCUGGAGUGUGUUUUUUCAUAAAAGCACACAAACAUGAUUAUUUUAAAUAAAAAAAGUCUGCAUGCUCAAGAAAGAGAUGAUAAACCUUUUCCAAGUUUAAAAUAAUUUAAGUAAAUUAGCUCCACGUAAAAAAAUGAAGGGUUUUUUAGCUAGAGUAGUUUCAAACGCCUUUUUAAGAAAGCGGUUGGAUACUGUAAAUAAUUAAGUAAACCCGUUUUAAGCCCAGAAAGUAUUCUAACUAUUCCAGUAAUUCCUCUUUUCAAGCCAAGUGAGCUGAGCUCUAAAAAUGAUGCUAUCGCCCUGUACUCUGGUGAUAGCCCUAAUAAUUUUAGCUUCACCAAAACAGAACACUUUAAUAUACUUAAAUAACUUCCAUUGUCAAUUUCUCUUCGAUUCCAUGCAUCUUUUUGAAUUUCUAUUUAUUUUAUUUUGUUUUAUAUAAAGAAGACCUGUAAAAAUGCAAACUAAAAUGCAUAAACGGUCUUUCUUGAAAUGUGUACUUUAUUUUCUAAAUUCAUUUUCAUAAUCUACUUCAACCAAUUUUCAGGUUUUAAAUACAUAUGUAUAGAACAUUCAACUUGUUUUAUCUGCCUUUGAUGAAUUGUAAAAGUUUAGAAACCGCGAUGGCAAAAUUAUAUCUGAUUCAUAGUUUAGGGGUGAACUCAUGUCUAAUGAACCUGAUAAAUGAAUUUUCCUGCUUGUUUUACCGGUCACUUCUUUUGAAAAGAAAAUUAGAUGUUAGUUUAGAUUAGUUUAGGGUCCUCCCUCUACCUUAUCAAUGAAGUCUUUGGGGGCCAGGGUGAUCCAGACCACAUGCACCAUGCUAUUUUCUCGGUUGUUUCUGGUCAGAUAAUGGCGGGGACCCCAUGGGAAACCCCCGGAACCCCGGGGGUUCAGAAACGUCAUAGUAGUCUCCUUAUUCUGAUGUCAAAAACUCUUUAAUACAUCCACAAUAUUCUGACAAAUUCUUUGUCUGAAGAUUUCUGUUCAAAAACUCUUAAUUUUUAUUAUUUUUUUUUAAACUAACUCGUCUAUAAAUUGAAACCAAGGCUACUUUCUUACCAGAAAAAUGUCACAAAGAUUUGUCCCACAUUAAAGCCAACAUCUGAACUUUAGUUUUUAUGGAAUCUGAGGUCCAUUUAGGUAAAUAAAAAAGGAGAAAUUUGCUGUGAAAUGUAUUUUAAUGUCUAGUUCCUUGCGCUCCUCUCCUUCUUUUUGAGAUUUUCUCAAUACUCUACCAUAUUUGUUGGAAUCUAAGCUAAUGGAUACAUUUAUUUAAUCCUUUUACAGAAAAGUCUUGGGUUUUAAGGUGUUUUGUGCAUGAAGCACAUUUGUAAAAUUUCCGUAACAAAAUCCAAGAAGGAAAAUAUAUUCACAUACGACAUGACUAUAGUUUCCAUUUUUACCAUGCCAGAGAUUAUAUUCUGAUCUUUGGACUUUUAAAUUUGAUUUUAUCUCUUUCUCAUCCUUUAUUGUUUUAAGUAUAGGUAGCACACCUAAAAAUCAUUCCGUGUCAUUGCGUUGGUAAUUUUAAUUAAAGUCCAACAUAUUUUUAGAAACAGCUCUACUUUCUAAACUAUUUUUGUUUUAAAAAACUUAACUUGGCUUUUAUUUUUACAAACUGAUAAAUCAGUCUCUCUAGAAAGAAAAAAAGUAAGAAUUAGAAAUUUAAACCCUGAAUUAUGGAAGGUAAUUUUCAUUGAAUAUUUUUUAUUCAUUUAUUUGUAAUUUGUUUUUACAAUUAUCAUUAUUUUUAAACCGGAUUUCAGAUUGAUUUUUGGAGUAUCAUUUGCCAUUUUUGUUACUGCUGACUCUCUACAUGAUGUCUUUCAUCUCACUUUUUCUCUAGUUAUGAUCCGAAUUUGUCUUGAUGUGAUAACAAAAUCCACAAUCUAUCCUGGAGCAGUUUACUAAACCAUGAUUUUUCCUGUUUUUCUUUUGAAGCUCUCAACAUGUUUUUUUAUGAAAUGGUGUGAUUACUUUCACUCAUCAGGUAGUUUGCUUCUCUCAUACUUGUUUUAUUAGCCAUAACAGUUGGAAUGAGAUCCAAGUGUUCUCUUCAUUCUCCUGGAGGGCAAAAUAUUAAAGAAAAUAGAGAAGUCGGAAAAGUGUAAAAAUUAUACUUCCUCCAAAAAUUCUAUAAAUUCUCUUGAAAAAUUCAGAUACUGCUGCCUGCAGUUUGUGAGGAUCAUAUGUAAUGUAUCUGCUAAAAUUACACUCCAGAACGGCUGUAAAAUCGUUUGUAGGGGCUGAAUCCAAUUCAUCUUUUGUGGGCUUCAUUAUUGAUUUUGGACAGUUAAGUUUUUUAUAGAGUUUGCUCAGAAAUGACCAUCUGUUGUGUAAGUUUGAGCUGAAAGUCUCCUGUUACUCUUCAAAAUUGAUUCAAUCGAGACUCAAGAGAAGUAUACACAUUUUAAUAAAACUGAAGUACCAUUGUUGGUGUCAGGUCAGAUUUUUGUAGAAAAUGUUGAACGAUUUUCACUAGAUCGAACAAAUCUGGUAGAAAUUUAAAAACCUUAAUUUUUAAGGGGACACAAAAAACUGCAAGAAUGAGCAGGGUGUUUUCUUUCAAAAAUUUACUUUCUGCAGUUAUAUGUAAACUUUUAAAGUUAGUAAUCUAUCAGUUUUCUCUCCUUCAUACUUGCGACCAAAAACACAAGAAACAAAAUACAUAGAAUUAACUUUAAAGAAAAUGAACUUUCAGUUUUGUUUUCACGGUGAUUGAUGUUUGCUGUUUGAUGAUCGAUGUCAUGACAAAAAAGUUUAUGUGCCUGCCACUUGAAGUUAAUAAAGGCAAAGAUAAACAUACUGAAUACUGAAAAAACUGUAUAUUGAUGCAAAUGGUAGCUAUUUACCCUCCUUUUUUAAGAAUCUCAACCUCAUAUUUCACUACAUAUGUCAAACCAAAAAUUCUUGUUUUAAUUGUCAAGCUAUUGAAUCACUGAAAUAGCAGGAGUUGCAUUAGAGAAGCCGUCUGAUUUGAUUUUUUGAAAUCUUCUUCGACAUACUCCACUUUUAGCACUUCUUGCUUUUUAGUAGAAACAGCAUCAUUUUUCAACUUCUCUUGCGAGCCUGUUGUGCAAGCAUAGGGCUGUGUGUUUGUAAAUAUGUUGUGUAGGUCUCUCUUGCAUUGUUUGUUAUACUGGGUUAAGGUGUUAUAGUCUUUUUACUUUUGUACCUAUGAUUUUCUCUUCUUGUAAUGAUAUGGAAAAUUCUGUUGAAACUUUCACCGUUCACCGUUUCUACUGUUUUGAAAGGUAUAAAUAAAGCUAUGAAAUAUUUUCA